GUCUACGUACAUUUAUUUCUGAGCAUGCGUACUAUAACACUAGAACGAGCGAGGUGAUUACGAUGACAGGGCGAUGAUUGACAGCCAGGAUAUUAUUUUUCGCUAAAUAACACGCUCAAUCUUCUAAAAGAAUUUCAUAACAUUAAUUAUAUUUAGACUAUGAUAAGCAAAACAAGCGAACGUAGGAACUACCUAGUGUAAGACUUCGUGCACAGUAAAUAUCCGUUUAAUUUGUUGUGAAUUUAUUUACUGAGCGUAGUGGCGGUGUCAGUUGUGUUACUUAGAUGGCGAUAAAAUGCAUGGAACCCGGCGUGUGAUAACGUUUUGUCUGUUAACAACUGUCCUUCCUACAAUGCUAAUUGUGCUACCUCUAUAUUUGCGAAAUAUCAGGUAUGCAGAUGUAAUGUAUAAAAUAUCAGACUCUGAUGUUAUUCAAAUUCAUAAAGGACAGUCAUCUGUAUUCUGUGAAAAACAUUCCUUGAGAAUGAAUACUUCAUUCAAUGCAUUCCAAAUGAGGGGGAUUCCUGAAUUAUCAGACAAAAGGAAACAUAUCAGAUUGAAAAAAUCCAUGACGCUUCCUGAUGACACGCUGGAAUAUUGGGGAUUUUACCUUUUGAAAGGCGCGACUGUAAAACUAAAGGCAUGUUCUCGAUUUGAAGGCUCGAAAAUAUUAGUAGUCAAAGAUGACAGGAUAUUAAAUACUUGCGGAAUUUUAGAAGGACUUAAAUAUAAGAAAGAUCCUUCUUUGGUAGAAAAUCAAGGUACUCUGUCGGUUACUGUACUAAAUCCUGGUGAAAAAAAAGAAAAUAAAACUAAUAUGAAAUCAAAUGUACGAGAAAAAAACAGAUUUAUUUUAUCUAAGGAAACAAAUGUAAAAAAUAACGUAAGCGUUAAGUCUCAAGAGGAAGGAGCAAACGAAAUUAUCAGUAAAGAAAAGUCUACAGAUAGAGUUAAAAGAGACACCAAGACUACUCCAUUGCAUAACCCUAACACCGUAUUAGACACGGGUGUGCAUCAUGGUGGAAACGCCUAUAACACAACGUCCAAACCAGAGGACGAGUCCGUAUCUAGCUUUGAAGUAAAUUUAUACGACUGUUAUCAGGACAAAAUAUUGAUGACAGAAUUUUUUCCAUAUUCUAUUCAAUGCAAUAACACAAAUUACUUAGAAGACACUACUAUUCUAAAAGUUGUUCAUGAAGUGUUAGUUGAUGGUUACUAUUAUUAUAUUUUUUAUAGUGACAAUGAUAUUGUAGUUAACGAUAUUCAUGCAAUAUUUGACAUCUAUAAACCGACGUUUCAAUAUGUCAAUAAUUCCGAAUCCAAAGUUUGUCUAAAUAAAACCGAAUGUGUAUUUGAUAUAGGAUUUUUAACUGAUGAAUCGGUUAUCGUAGAAGUGCCCACAAAAGACGGUUUGCAAAAUGAUGACGUAACGUCUGUACUUAUAUCUGUUUGCAAUCCUCGGGUAUCGGUGUAUAUUAUUUUUCCUAUAGCAGUUCUUCUGCUAAUUCUGCUUUUUGCAUUUUUAUGAUACUUGUUUAUAGCCAUUUUACACGUAGUUAUAGUCAAAAUGAACAUUACCAGAAGUGUGAUAUUAAUUUAUUAAGAUUUUAUAACUUAAUCAUGUGAUGUUAUACUGUAAUAAGUAAAUUAUAUCGUUAAAUCUAAACAAAUACUAACACAUUAGAACCGUAAGGACACAUGUUACCAAGCUUCCUUCUAUGGUUAACAUUCCGCAAUCUCUACGUUGUUGACUGUUUAAUUUUUAUUGUAUUACUAGUAAAUAAAUUUAUCAUGUCUAUUA